UUCACCAACUCAUCCCUCCUUCUCCCCUCUCACCAAACUCUUUCCUUCUCGCUUCUUCUUCCAGGUUGAGUGGGGAGGAGAUAGAAGGGGAGGGAUCGACGGCUAACCGGCGAUCUAGGCCAGGCUAGGAGAGAUGCAAUCGGAGACGAUGGAGACCUCAGCAUUGGAUCUUUUCUCUGCCAUCCUCAACGGUAGGCGAGGCCAGGAGGGGGCAGCAGUGCAGGACUCUAUUGCUGGGAAUCGAGAGCUUCUAGUGCUACUGGCGACUUCAGUUGCGAUGCUUUUUGGCUGUGUAGCCUUGCUUCUAUGGCGCCGAUCGGCUGGCCAGAAGUCACCCGCCGCCAAGGCCGAGCCAAAGCGGCCCGCGAUUUUAAGUGAGGUCACGGAGCCGGAGAUAGACGACGGGAAGAAGAAGGUCACUGUGUUCUUCGGAACGCAAACAGGUACAGCGGAGGGGUUCGCGAAGUCUUUGGCGGAGGAAGCGAAGGCCCGCUACGAUAAGGCUAAGUUUAAAGUUGUUGAUCUGGACGAUUACGCCGCUGAUGAUGAUGAGUAUGAAGAGAAGAUGAAGAAAGAAACUCUAGUUUUGUUCUUCAUGGCAACUUAUGGGGACGGAGAACCGACUGAUAACGCUGCAAGGUUCUAUAAAUGGUUUACUGAGGGGAAAGAGAGGGGUAUUUGGCUAGAGAAUCUCACAUACGCCAUUUUCGGGCUGGGUAAUAGGCAGUAUGAACAUUUCAAUAAGGUUGCGAAUGUUGUGGAUGAAAUCCUAGCUGAGCAAGGUGGUAAGCGCCUUGUUCCAGUUGGCCUUGGAGAUGAUGAUCAAUGCAUAGAAGACGACUUCACCGCUUGGAAAGAGCAGCUCUGGCCAGAGUUGGAUCAGUUGCUCCGUGAUGAAGAUGACAUUUCAGGUGGAACUUAUACUGUUGUUGUGCCUGAAUACCGUGUCAUCUUCAUCGAUCGUGCAGAGCAAUCACAUACAGAAAAGGGUUGGAAUCUGGCAAAUGGUAGCGCUAUUUAUGACAUUAACCAUCCGUGCAGAGCAAAUGUGGCUGUAAGAAGAGAACUUCAUACUCCGGUUUCUGAUCGUUCUUGCAUUCAUCUGGAGUUUGACAUAGCUGGCACUGGCCUUGCGUAUGAGACAGGAGACCAUGUUGGUGUCUUUGCUGAAAAUUGUUUGGAGACUGUGGAGGAAGCAGAAAAGUUAUUAGGUUAUUCAUCAGAUACUUUCUUCUCCAUUCACGCUGACAAAGAAGAUGGAACACCACUCAACGGGGGUGCUCUCACCCCUCCAUUCCCUUCUCCUUGCACAUUGAGAACUGCAUUGACUCGAUAUGCAGACCUUUUGAGCUCACCCAAAAAGGCUUCUUUAUCUGCUUUAGCUGCUUAUGCCUCUGAUCCAAAUGAAGCAGAACGUUUAAGAUUACUGGCUUCUCCUUCUGGGAAGGAUGAAUAUUCUCACUGGGUAAUUGCUAGUCAAAGGAGCCUUCUUGAAGUUAUGGCCGAGUUUCCUUCAGCCAAGCCGCCUUUGGGUGUUUUCUUUGCAGCGAUUGCUCCAAGGCUGCAGCAUCGUUUUUAUUCAAUAUCAUCUUCUUCAAGGAUGUUCCCAACAAGAAUCCAUGUGACGUCUGCGCUCGUAUUUGGACCAACACCAGCAGGAAGGAUUCAUAAAGGAGUAUGUUCAACUUGGAUGAAGAAUGCAUUUCCUUUGGAUGAAAGUAAAGAUUGUAGCUGGGCUCCAAUUUUUGUGAGGCAAUCAAAUUUUAAAUUGCCAGCAGAUAACUCUGUGCCAAUUAUCAUGAUUGGACCUGGAACCGGGUUGGCGCCAUUCAGAGGAUUCUUACAGGAGAGGUUGGCGUUAAAAGAAUCCGGUGCUGUACUUGGGCCUGCUAAACUAUUCUUUGGAUGCAGGAAUCGUAAAAUGGAUUUCAUCUAUGAAGAUGAGCUGAAAAAAUUUGUUGAAGCUGGAGUGCUUUCUGAGCUGCUUCUAGCAUUCUCUCGAGAAGGACCAACAAAAGAAUAUGUGCAGCAUAAAAUGGUUGAAAAGGCAUCAGAAAUUUGGGGUAUUAUCUCUGAAGGGGGUUACAUAUAUGUAUGUGGUGAUGCCAAAGGCAUGGCUAAAGAUGUCCACCGCACUCUACAUAACAUAGUCCAGGAACAGGGCUCUCUAGAUAGCUCCAAAACCGAAAGCCUGGUUAAGAACCUGCAAAUGCAAGGAAGGUAUCUGCGAGACGUCUGGUGAUCAUUCUCUCGAGUUUAAAGUACGGCACGCGCAGAGUGUGAGGUACCCAAGUUCAUAAACUUCUCAAGUUCAUCGAAGAUUUUUUAUAAAAUAAUUCUGGAAUCCUGAAAGGAAGGUUCUUUAGUGAGUGAGCCUUGUGUAGUUGAUAAAUUAUGGCUUUAAAUUUAGAUUAUGUAAAGAUUAUUUUUACUCUUAACAAGGAUUAUCCUCCCUGUAUUAUAUACACCUUUUAGUCUGUUCAUAUGUCUGUUAUUUGUCUUUGGAUGUAUUUGUUUGUGACAACCAAAAAAGAAAAAAAGACAAAAACAAGGAAUUAUAUUUUGAUCCAUGCCUGGCAAUGUUCUAGCGGUCCAAUGUCCUUAA